CUUCGACCUUCCGUCCUCUCCCUCACUUCACUUAGUAACCGCGGUACACUUCAGCGACAUCAGACACCAUCAAUUUAUAUUGACUUUGAGAUGCGCGCCCGGCCAAUUGUUGGUGAGAGACGCUCUAGUGUUGCAGGGGGUUCACUUGUGUGAUCGCAAGAUCGGAAGAUGGCACAUCCUGCCCAGGAGAUCUACCAGCGCGUCAAGACAGGCUGCUUUACCUGUCGGAAGCGCCAUAUCAAGUGCGACGAGAAAAAGCCCGAAUGUCGAAAUUGUGAAAUCGGCCUGCGGGAGUGUCAAUAUGACUCUGUCGCAGAUACCGCUCUCCAACUCGGCAAUGUUGACAGCAAGUUCCGAUUCUCAGCGGAACAUGUCUGGUUGGAAACCCCGGCAAAGGUGACCUUUGUGCAUUCUGUGGAUGUUGAAUUCAACGACAAGAGUGGCGCCUCAACAGUUUCCACACUGGGACUGGAGGCUUCUGCCAUUGCAAGUUCUUGGGAAGGAGUCCAAGAGGCAGAGGCCACACCAGCCAGCAUGACCGAGAUCCUUCAAGAUGACAACACGCAGAUAUUGACCCCUGGGGCGAUAGACUUCACAUCUCCGCAUUCAAUCGGAAGCGGCAUCAGCACUGAAUCUGCUGACCCAGUCAAAUCGCUCAUGGUGCUGAAAAUGUCGAACUCUUCUUUGUACACCCAUAGCACGACCAUAAGCAAUCCUCGUACAGCCCGUCUGUUGCAAAACUACGUCACCAACCUGGCAUGUUGGCUCGACGUCAACGACCCUCAACGCCAGUUCGAGACAUUCGUCCCGUAUCUUGCGUUGAGCUGUCCGAUCCUCCUGCAUGCCAUACUAGCAUUCUCGGCGUGUCAUCUGAGUCGGCUCGACGGGUCAUGCGACAAUCCCAUCGCUGAGGACUACCACGACCUGUGUGUCCAGCGCCUGAUAGCUGCGCUGGCAGACCCUUCUACCACUCUUGACAAUGUGCUGCCUAUAUCUACGGUUGUGCUGCGCAUGUACGAGAUGAUGAUCUACGACACCGACCAUCAGCGACAUCUGCGCGGCUGCUCUGCGCUCUUCCAACACAAUCGCAGAAAUAUUGGCUAUCGAGCCUUGAAACGGACUGCAUUCUGGACAUAUUUCAGAGAGGAGAUCAUGGUUGCGCUUUCCACGCGAAAACCAACCACGAUACGCCCAAGCAACUGGAAGAUCGAUAUUACUUGGUCGGGAGACACUGAUUUUGUGAAAACAGAGAAGAUGACAAUGCUUACGGCCGAGAUCGUUGACCAUUGCUUUAGCGAGGAUGUUGAAGGCAACCCCGACUAUGUCAGACGUUGGGAUGAACUUCAAAGCGAAACUGAUGCGUGGAAAGAAUCCUUACCUGAGACAUUCAAUCCUCUGUACGUUGUCGAGGGUCAUAGACCAUUCCCUGAGAUGACUUACGCAUGCACCUGGCACAUGAUUGCGAUGCAAUUCUAUCAUCUCGUCAAAGUACUUCUUGCCUUUCAUAAUCCACAUCGUCCCGGUGGGAUGGAAAUCUUACAGUUUCUCAGAAACAUUGAGGCUGAAACAAGAAGCCAUACGCUGCCGUUAUGUGGUAUGAUCCAAACCCUUGACGACCGAUAUCCGGGUGCUUUGGUGAAUGCCGUACAGCCUCUCAUGAUAUGUGGACAGAGCUUGAAAACACCUGAAGAGCAGGAAGAACUCGUUCGGAUAUUGGAGCGAAUCGAACGGGUCACAACGCUAUCCACCUCGCAAGGCGUACAGUCUCUGCGAGGGGCAUGGGGAUCAAGAACAUAAGUAUAAGUCAGGAUCGUUUAGAGCGCAUCAUAUGUGGCUCGUGACGCUGCUACCUAACAAGGCUGCAUCACA